CCCCACGCUCUCUUUCAAGCUGCUUGCAGGUAGUUUCUGCCCAAAUGGUUUCUUGCUGUCAGCUUUUUCACGCUUAGAGUUUGGGGCACCUAACUGGCUAAAGGGCCCUAGCUCCUUGGGGGCAUCUUGCACCCUCACGGGUUUCUUCUGCUUCUGAAACACUAAGCUUCUUUGACUUUGGCACAUAAGGCAUGAUGGGAGAUGGUUUGGAUGGAAGUAACUUUGCAUUUUUAUUUUGACCUGAGGGUGGAGGGGGCAUACCGAGCCCCGACAUGCCCCGCAGGCCCCACCGAACCCAGCCAGAUGUGGUGGUCCGGGGCGUUUUGCCGAGCCCGUUUCCCCGCCCUCCCACACGCCUGAAGUUCACGGUUGCCCUCCAGGCCGCCGGGCCUCCUGGCUUCGCAGGUUGCCGAGGGGGAGGAGGGUCUGCUUUUCUGAUUCACUCUCUCUGCUCGGACCCUCAGCGAGCUCAGAAAUAGGGCGCCCGGUGGCCGUUUCUGCGCCUCCACCUUGAGGACAAUUCCCCACAAUUGAGAGGCUUCAGGCCCCCCUCCUCCCCUCGGGGUUCUCCUUUAAGAGCUACUGCCCGGGAUGCUAGUGGAGGAGAAGCCCGGGAGCUGGGGCAGGGAGCCAGGGCACGAGGCUCACGAGCCCGCCCUAUCUGCGGGGCAGUGUGGGAGCAGUUAAGGCGGGAGCCCCGAGGGUCUUUGCCCACGGCUUCCUCGACCCCCUCACUUCCAAGGAGCGGUCGCCACUGCGGGGGGUGGGGUGGGGGAGGGAGUGCUAAGGAGACGAGAGGAGAGCCUCGGGCCCCUAGGAGGGGACGCUGACCAGCCUGCAGAGCGGAGCUCGAGGAGGGGAGGGGCUCCGCCGCCGCCGCCGAAGCCCCCCGCCCGGAGAGAGGCAGCCAGCGAGGGCCGCUUCCAAAGAAACAAUCCUUGAGGGAAAAGUCCUCGCGGCCGCGGGCCAAUGAGCGGCGCGAAGGCGGAGGGAGGCUAGGGAACUUCUCGGAGAGCCAGUCAGAGGGGACGGCUGCCGGGAAGCCAAUCAGCGCUCCCGAGCCCGCAGCCCCUCUGCAGUAGUUCUGUCAGAGCGCCCGUGAAGAGCCGGGGAGGACGGGGGGGAGCUCGCUCGCUCGCUCGGGCUGCCGCCGGCUCCAGCCGCCGCCGCCGCUCCGCCCGGCCGCUCCCCGAGCGCCGAGCCCCCGACAGCCCGCAGGGACGUCCUCGCAGCCCCGCCGGGCGCCCUUGUCUCCCCGCCUCGCUGCCCGCGCCCCGCGGCUCGAGGGGGAAAAACUUUUGGAGCUGGUGGGCGUCGUCACUGUCAGGUUCUCUCGACCACUGGCUUCGCUCCGGUCCGCCCAGGAUCAGCCGGCUGUCCAGGGACUCCGCUUGGCUCGGUUCGCCCCGUCCAGCCCGUUAGCCACCUUCCCACGCCCUCGGGGCAGCGCAAUGGCCAGGCUCCGCCGCUCCGCGUGCCUGCUGGCUCUGCUCACGCUGCUGAGUGUGGGCAUCGGGCCCCAGCCGGCAGCCCCCGAGGCCACCUGUCACCAAGUCCGCCCCUUCUUCCAGAGGCUGCAGCCGGGGCUCAAGUGGGUGCCCGAAGCCCCCUUGGCAGGUUCAGAUUUGCAAGUUUGUGUUUCCAAGGGUCCAACAUGUUGUUCACGGAAGAUGGAAGAGAAGUAUCAAAUGUUGGCUCGCUUGAAUAUGGAACAGCUUCUUCAGUCUGCAAGUGUGGAGCUCAAGUUUGUGAUUAUUCAGAAUGCUGCGGUGUUCCAAGAAGCCUUUGAAAUUGUCGUCCGUCAUGCCAAGAACUAUACCAACACCAUGUUCAAAAGCCAGUACUCCAGCAUGGCUCCCCAAGUUUUCAAAUUUGUGGGUGAAUUUUUCACAGAUGUCUCCCUCUACAUCCUUGGCUCCGACAUCCACGUCAAUGAUAUGGUCAAUGAGUUUUUUGAUGGAUUGUUCCCUGUGAUCUACUCGCAUCUGAUUAACCCUGGUUUCCCAGAGCUCUCCUUGGAAAUGGUUGAGUGCCUCCGGGGAGCAAGGCGGGACUUCCAGGUCUUUGGGCACUAUCCAAAGAUCAUCAUGACCCAGGUGUCCAAGUCACUGCAGACAACUCGAGUCUUUCUCCAAGCCCUGAAUCUUGGAAUCGAAGUCAUCAACACAACUGACCAUUUAAAAUUCAGCAAGGACUGUGGCCGGAUGCUCCUAAAAAUGUGGUACUGUUCUUAUUGUCAGGGACUGGCACUGGCCAAGCCUUGUGCUGGCCACUGCAGUGCUGUAAUGCAAGGAUGUCUGGCUAAUGUCGUCGAGAUAGACAAAUAUUGGCGAGAGUACAUCAGCUCUCUGGAAGAGCUCGUUAAAGGCAUGUAUAGGAUCUAUGACAUGGAACACGUCCUACUCAAUCUCUUCACCCUGAUCCGAGACUCCGUCCUGUAUGUCCAGAAGAAUGGAGGGAAGCUCACCACUACAAUUGGCAAGCUCUGUGCCCAUUCUCAGCAGCGGCAAUAUAGAUCGGCUUAUUAUCCUGAAGAUCUGUUUAUUGACAAGAGAGUAUUAAAAGUUGCUCAUGUAGAACAUGAAGAAACCUUAUCCAGCAGGAGGAGGGAACUGAUUGCGAAAUUGAGAUCACAAAGCGAUUUUUAUAGUGCUUUACCUGGCUACAUCUGCAGGCAUAGUCCAGUGGUUGAAAAUGAUACGUUUUGCUGGAAUGGACAAGAAAUUGUGGAAAGGUACAGCCAGAAGGUGGCCAAGAAUGGAUCCAAAGGUCUGACCAGCAACCAUGACGUGAAAGCCAAAGGACCUGAGCCGAUAAUAAGUCAAAUCAUCGACAAGCUGAAGCACAUUAACCAGAUCCUAAAAAGCAUGGCGAUUUUGAGGCGGGCCUCAGAUAAGAAUCGCGAAGAAGAGGUUGAAAGUGGCGAUUGUGAUGAUGAAGAUGACUGUGGUCGAGGCUCUGGUGAUGAAGGGUUAAGAGUAAAGAAUCAGCUUCGCUUCUUGGCAGAAUUGGCGUAUGACCUGGAAAUGGACGAAGCUCCUUUGAACAAGCAACUUCUGAACCAGCAGAGCAAAGAAGGCAAUAGCGUUAAAAGCCUGGGCUCGGGGAAUUCCUUGCUAGGCCUUCUAGCUGGUGUCCUGCUUUAUGUGCUGUGUUUCUUUGUGUUGGUCCACUGACUUAACAGUGUGAGGCCAUACACCUUCUUGCUAUCCUUUCUCUUUGUGCUGCCCCCUCGCAAAGGAAAUCUCCUGGGGAGCUCUCUCUUCUGUCCCGUUCGAUUUUGUUGUCUUGUCCGUCUGUCGUCGCUCUCUUUCCCAAAGUAUUAAAUGGAGGAGAGACGAUGUGUUAUGUUUUGUAAAAUAAAAUGGUAUCUUUGCAAGGAUGGUGAACAUCA